CCCAGAGCCGACACGCAAUGGAACAGAGCUCAUCCCGAGUGGUGGAGUUGGUUUGAAGCUUGACCUUUCAGACAGUUAAACUCUGGAUGCUGCAGCACAGGAAAUGCCUUGUGGGCUCUUGUUAGACAUUUAGCGAUUUGACUUCUCUGGGGGGAAUCUCUGUUUAUCUCAACACCGAGCGCGAAAGGGGGAAAAAGGUCCGUGGAAUAAAGCUCAAGCCAAACAACAUCUACAGGAUGCUCGGGAUCACUCAGCAUUUAACUUUCACAGCAGUGGCGGUUGCUGUGCUGCUGGCGUGUGUGUUGUCCUUCAACGUGGACCAGAAAAAUGGUUUGUCGUUCAGCGGGCCACUGGAGGAUAUGUUCGGCUACACUGUCCAGCAGUUUGAGAACAGCGAGGGGAAAUGGGUUCUGAUUGGAUCGCCGCUGUCGGGCCAGCCAGCUAAACGGACAGGAGACGUCUACAAGUGUCCUGUGGGGAAGGGGGACAACACGUGUGUCAAACUGGAGCUGCCUAAAAACACAACAAUCCCCAAACUACAUGAAGUCAAGGAGAACAUGACCAUGGGAAGCACACUGGUGACCAAUCCCAACGGAGGGUUUCUGGCCUGUGGUCCUCAGUAUGGCUACAUGUGCGGGCAGCAGCAGUACAUCUCAGGAGUUUGUGCGAAUGUCAGCUCUUCCUUCCAGAUCCUCAACUCUGUGGCACCGGCCGUGCAAGAGUGUGCAAAGGAGCUGGACAUUGUAAUAGUUCUGGAUGGAUCUAACAGUAUCUACCCCUGGUCGAGCAUCAUUGAAUUUCUGCAACGUUUCAUCACGAACAUUGAGAUCGGACCUAAACUCUCACAGGUGGGAAUAGUGUCCUAUGGUGAGACUGUGACUCACCGUGUAAACCUGAGCCAGUUUGACAACACUCCUGCUCUGCUGAAAUUCGUUAAUGGCCUUCCUCAGCAGACUGGCUUCAAGACCAUGACUUUCCUGGGCAUUGAUACUGCCAGGAAGGAGGCCUUCAUGCCGGAGCGUGGCGCACGACCUGGAGUGAAGAAAGUCAUGGUGAUUGUGACUGAUGGAGAGUCACAUGACUUCCAUAACCUAGACAAAGUCAUGAAAGACUGUGACGAUGAUGACAUCGAGAGGUUUGGCAUUGCUGUUUUGGGAGACUACAAUCGUCAGAACAAAACUUCGGAAGAAGUGCAGAAGUUUAUCAAGGAGAUUGCAUCCAUCUCCAGUCAACCGUUACAAGACCACUUCUUCAACGUGUCAGAUGAGGUUGCGUUGUUGACCAUUGUGGACGCUUUGGGAAGCAGGAUCUUUGCUUUGGAAGCUACAACUGGAAAUUUCACCACCUCCUUCGGAAUGGAGAUGUCCCAGGCUGGAUUUAGUGCACAUACUUCUAAAGAAGGCGUGUUACUGGGAGCAGUGGGAGCAUAUGACUGGAACGGGACAGUGGUAAUGCAUACGGCUGGAGAAACAAUCGUUCCAGGGAACACCCAGUUCUUCGACCCAAAGACCGAGGCUGGAUAUGAAGGACUUGCUGGGUACCUUGGCUAUGAUGUCCAGUCAGCAUCCACCCCAGAUGGAGAGCUGUACAUCACAGGUGCACCGCGGUACAACCACACAGGCCGGGUUGUUAUCUAUCGUCUGAAUGAAGUGAACAAAAUCGUCAUCUCACAGAUACUGAAAGGAGAACAGAUUGGUUCCUACUUUGGCAGUGUCCUGCAGACUGUUGAUGUGGACGGGGAUUCCUACACGGAUCUCCUCUUGGUCGGAGCUCCGAUGUACAUGGGGACAGAGAGAGACGAGCAGGGACAAGUCUACGUCUACAAACUCAACCAGGAUGGCCGGUUUGACCACGAGUUUACUUUAAAGCCUGUCAAUCAGUCCUGUUGUACUGCCCACUCAGCCAGCUGCACUAACAAAAAUGAACCCUGUGGUGCCCGGUUUGGUACAGCCAUUGCAGCUGUAUUAGAUCUCAACCUUGACGGGUUUAACGAUGUGGCGAUCGGUGCACCUUUUGAGAACGACCACAGAGGGGCCGUCUACAUCUAUCAUGGAGAUAAGACAACACUGAAAGAGAAAUACGUACAGCGUAUCCCUGCAGGUGGGGACGGUGAAAAGGUGAAAUUCUUUGGUCAGUCCAUACAUGGAGUCAUGGAUCUAAAUGGAGAUGGAAUCACUGAUGUUACCAUAGGAGGUCUGGGAGGGGCUUCCCUAUUCUGGUCCAGAGACGUUGCAGAGCUCCGUGCCAACAUGACUUUUGACCCUGUUAAAAUCAACCUGCAGCAGACUCAGUAUCAGUGUGAACAUGGUGGACCCAAAUCUGUGUGCGUGACAACGGAGGUGUGUUUCAGCUACGUUAUCAAAUCUGACCAGCCGGACUCAAAGUCUGAUGCAGUGAUCCGCUAUGAUCUCACUCUGGAUGCUCUGCGUGCAAAAGCCAGGGCUUCAUUUAUUGACUUGGACGAUAAAAGUGAUCGUGGGAUUACCAGGAACUUGACCAUCAAAGACAGAGAGAGAAAAUGUGUGCAAGAGAAAUUCAUGAUGUCGACCCAGUUGGACUUCCGAGACCCUCUCAUGGUGUCUUUGGAGUUUCGAAAAGCUGAUGAGGACCAAGGCCCCGUCCUGGAUGAAAGCCUUCCCAGAUCCAUCAAUAAGACAAUUCCCUUAGUGGACUGUGGAAGCGAUGAGAAGUGCAUUGCUGACCUCUCUCUCAAAGCAGAGCCUAGUGUAAAAAGUAUGCUGAUCAAAGCAAACAAAGAAAAGAUUGACGUGAACAUCAACAUUAGAAACAGCAAAGACAACGCAUACAACACUAAAGUCAUCGUCAGCUUCACACCGAACAUCAACUAUGUUAAAGUAGAGCCGGAGAAGGACUGCACUCUGAAUCACACAAAAGUGGAGUGUGCUGUUGGAUACCCCUUCUUGGGCAGCAAUGUAGAGGAAAUGUUCAAAGUGAAAUUUGAGGUCAAUCCGAAACAUAUUCAGGAGGUAAUUCAGAUCAACGUGACAGCUACAAGUGACAGCGAUGAGCUCCCUUCUACCAUGCAUGACAACAGGGUGUAUAUCUCCAUCCCUGUGAAGUAUGAGGCUGGACUCAUAUUCUCAGUGUGGCCCGUGGAUCAACACAUUGUAGUAAAAGAGGGUGAAGUAUUCUCCAGUGUAUUCAAUGACACCAAGAUGAUUGGCGAGGAGGUCAACAUCAGCUAUACGGUGGAGAAGUCAGGUGAUAUGGUGACUCCACCCCUUGACCUCACAGUGACGUAUCCACGUCUGUCUCCUCGGCAGAACAACUUACUGUACCUGACACACGUCACCACCAGCCCACAGGUGAAAUGUGAUGCAGCCAGUUGGAUCAACCCUCAAAACAUUAACCCAGAAGUUAUUCAUCCAAAUCCAAAUAAAGAAACACUCAGUAUCUUCCUAUUGAGUUGUGAAAACCUCGGCUGUGCAAAAUUUACCUGCUCCAUCCCCGAAGCUAGAAUUAGUCAGGUCAACGUCACAUUCAGAGUCUGGAAACCUACGUUCAUCAAGGGCGAGUUUUCCAGUUUGUACAUGUCGGUGAAUGGCACGCUGGGAACCAAACAAACAGACCUGUUUGAACUGAGCACCAGUGACAGGAACAGAAUUGUGAAGAUCCAGGUUUCGAAGGAGACCUUAGGAGGAAUCCCUAUUUGGAUAAUCAUCAUCAGCAUCCUGAUAGGACUGCUGAUCUUAGCACUUGUCAUUUUCAUUCUCUGGAAGCUGGGCUUCUUCAAGAGAAAAUCCAGGGACUACUCAAAGGAGGACAUGAUGGACUGAGGGGUCCACAUAUCCAGCAGCAAGCAGCCCUGUGACCAACUGCUUCCAGAGCCAUGAGGUCUCACAAAGAGUUUUAAACAAAUAGUCUGAGGAGACGCCAUAAGACCCACAGACACCUCAGUGCUACGACAUGGCGACGACCUGGAAAACCCCAUUACCAAUUCACUGUUUCCGGUGCAAGCCUGGCUCAAAUAAUGUUUGCAAAUACUUCUCAACCCUUGUCCUCUGAUCAUCACUAGGUUGCAACACUGAUGGUCUCACACACAGAGAGUGCUUAAACAGACAUUUCCUUUUAAUUGCAUGAAGUUGUUGGCGCUAAUUGUAAACCGUAAGUAUUUGCAAAUACUAUUUGUUCUAGAUCAGCUUCUUCCUUGCAGAUAUACAGUAUACAGGUCAGUCAAGCAUUCAAGAAGAGGAGCCGGGGAGGAGGAAGGACCCAUCACUUACCAGGCAUCUGUCGGCAAAGUAGCAUAUAUCUGUAUUACAUACAGCAGUUUUACAAAACCUUCAGAGCUACAACAGCUGCACUCCAGCUUUAGAGGAACAAAGUACUCAGGUUUUUUUCGGUAUGAACAUCCAUCGUCGCCUAUGCCACCUCACAUUUUUUCUAUGUCAUUACAGCAUCAAUGUCCAAAGGUCUAUUUGCGUGUGCGGCAUACAAUAUGUGAACUUUACAUGUCUGUCUGAUAGCUUGGACUCUUGUUUUAAAGCUCAUGGGCUUUGAUUAGUUUUAUGAAACACUGUACCUUUUUCGCAUUUUAGCGCAUUUAGUUUUUGUUUGGUAUUUUUGCUGAAUUUUUUUAACAAUCUAACAUGGCACAUCCUUAAUUUCAAAAUGAUGGCUAAAGACACUGACCUGAACACAAGAUUUUUUUUUCAGCAAAGGUGCUGUCUGUAUGCUUUUAUUUUUUUUAAAUACUUUUAAUCUUAGUUAACCGAUUGAAAAACAAAACAGGCUUGUCCCAACUCUGGUGUUAAAUGUUUGUCAUUAGCGUCACCUUGGUUACAGAGGGAUACAGAAAGCUGUGCCUUCAAAAUCCAAAACUUUGAUUGUACUGUAAAUAUCAGUAAAUGCUCAAAAAUGUAAAGCUUAUUAAUGUACAUAAUUGUGUUUGCUAUAAUUCAUGUAAUUUAAGAGAUUUUUUUUUAUGAUAAGAGAAGAGGAUCUUGCUCAGGUGCUACAAGUAUCAUGAAUGAUGACAUUAACAUUUGACAUAAGAAAAUGAUCUGGCCUAUCUCUCAAUUUCAAAGCUGAUGCAAAUAUGUAAAUAUUGUUAUAUUUUGAUGAGAAAAUGAAAGUAUAACUAUUCUGUACUGAAAAUAUACAUGAAGAUGAGGGUUUGUAUCCACUAUUUUGGGGUUUAUUUGAUUGAACGUGAUGUUUCAAGCCUGGUGAGCGACUGUGUUUUGAAUGCAGAGGCUUUAACAUGAUUGAGACGAGAUAUGACCGUAGCAUAUUUUGAUUUGAACCUUUUAAUUUGCAAAACUGAAAGUAAAAAUUCUUCCAAUGUAGAAAUACAUAUGUCACCAUUCACCAGCAGUUGCCAUAUAGUAAAUGGGAUUCAUUGGUCGGUGGUUUGUAGUGUAGAAAAACUACAACAUGUACACAAAGCGUUACUGCAGGCUCAGUGUCUCCCCUGAUGCGGUACACAGUACCUUACAAAGUUAUUCUUUCAGGUUUUCUGUCUUGUUUUUGUUUCCAGAAGUUGCACAGCUACACAACAUGUUAAAAGAGAUUAUAUUGUAUAUUGGGGAGAUGAGUUUAUGCCUCUUUCUCAACUUUUUCCCUCACUGCCAUACAAUAAAGCUGAGGGAAGACGGCAAGAAGAAGAAGAAGCAGCUUUUGAAUAUUUAAAUACUGCUCAGCUCUCGCUCUCCACUGUUGACAUGAAGCACAUGUAAUAAAUUGUAUGUACAGAAUGUGUAACUGAUAGUCAUUUUAAGAUUGUAUGGCUACGUCAGGCUUAUGCACGAGGGAGGAGUCAUGAGUCUCUCUUUGUUCGAUUGAGGUGGUCUGGGAUUAAUUUCUCAGACGUCAGCCUCCAUCAGCUCCCUCAGAGAGAGAGUAAGGCACAAAGUGAGAGUUAUGAGCUCCACCCCAGCCUCUUACACUGCUGUGAAGUCUUCAUUGUAAUGCACUGGUUUGUCAGACUGUAAACGUCCUCAUCAGCACAGAAAUUAAUUGAAUCUUGUGUACAAAAAUAAAUACUUUUUACGGAAA